AUGGAUCGAGGAGUGACGGAGCCCGAAGCCUUUGAGAUGGCGCUUGCACAAAACGACGAAAAAUUGGUGACAAACUUCCUCACCCCGGAAAUGGGAAGAGUCGUGAGGUUCCUCCUUCCGGCCCUUGAGGAAGGUGGCAUCAGUGUGUCCAUCGCGAGCAGCGACCGCCAUGACGUCCGUGCCAUGGGGGAGCCGUGCAUGAUGGCUUUGGCGCGAGAGCAAUCUGAAGAGUUUUGCCGCCUGUUCGCCAGCAUGGUGGACGACAUGCGCAACGGGGAGGAGGACAGGAGGCACGUCCUCUUGCAGUCGUACAAGAAUCAGAUGCUCCCAGAAGCGCCUCCCGCAACGCUCCCGCCCCCUGGGAGGGACCAGCUGCUGAACGAGGCGGUAUGGACCGUCAUGUUUCGGCCGGUGUGCGCCGACUUCUCCACCAUGCUCCAAGGGAUGGCGCGCGGGGAGUCAGUCGAGGUCGAGCAGGCGCGGCGCAUGGGGGAGUACCUCGUGGGCAACCACAUGUGGCACUGCGCGUCCGCCUUCCUGAGGGCCUGCCUCCGGGCGGGCAUCCCCGUGACCUGGGGCCCGGCGGCGAUACCCGACGAGGACCUGGACGCGGAGAGACUGGAGUCGGCGUUUUGGUCCAUGAGCUCGUGA